AUGGAUACCAACUCUCUCGUGCAAAUGAAUAGUCAAGACUUAGAAACUCAACCACUGUUGAGAUCAAACGCCCAGGAAAAUCAGCUUCUCUGUGAUGAAGUGCGAAUCAAUGUGGCACAAAAGUCGAUAAAUAAGGCCCGUAUAAGAAGUAUGAAACGCUUGGUUACCUAUUUGGUAAGUGUGGUUCUAAUAGGUUCGCUUGGCUUUGGCAUAGUUCGAUAUAUUAAGGGACACGUGCCGCCCACAGAGGUAAUAGAGAAAAGUUUAGUCGAUGUGACAAAUUUCAAAUUAAUGGAAUUCCAGCUUGACGGUUGGAAAGAUGAUAUUCAUUCUGGUUUAAACAAUGACACUGGGAAGUAUUUACAGGUGUCUAUACACUCUCAGAUCUGGUUCGAUUAUGACAAUUGGCCAGCUGCAGGGAACGACUCCCUGAUUAAAAAUCAACGAGAUUGGAUACGAUAUGUUAACGAAAAAGUGCUCAAAACCGUUUGUAUAGAUAUGAAUAACGUGACUACUUUUGACGGAGAUCUGGAAUUCAAGGAUAAGCUGGGAGACGUUGUUGGCAUGGACCCCAUUUGCCUUGAUUUGAGUCAUAAGAAAAUCAAUGACCUGCAAUUUAAAGUUUUGGUCAAACCGUCUAUUUGGAAAAUCAUAAAGGUCAUGAAAAAAUUCUGGAACGGCGACUUCGAUUCCUUGAAUCUAAAAUCUAACCUGGAUAUGAUUAUCUUUAAGGAAAAAUUCGGGAUGAGGUUCAAUUUGCGGAAAUUGAAUGACGAAAUCUUAAAUUGGAAUGAUAUCAUUGAUUGGGAGAAACUACUGUCAGAGCCUCUUCAAAGGGUACGAAAUAUGAUCGAUACAAUGGCCCUUCAAGAUUUUACACUAAGGGACUCCGAUUCCGAAGGGUUCCAUGCCAACAUGAUAUUAAAUCCAAUAACGAUUUUCAAAGGAUUAGAUUGGCUUCGGCUUCCGCAUGGUUCGACAAUUCCUUUCAUAAAUUGGGAAAUAAAACUACCGGACUGUAACGGCGAACCAACUAUCGCGAUUCCAACAUUAUCGUGCUUUAAUGAACCGAUUAAUUUGCACCAUGAUAGAGACAAUAUAGUUGUCUGUCUACAAAAUGAAAUCGAAGGACCCCUGCCCGAUGAUUUAUUAUACGAAGAAUGUCCCAAUGACAGUCUUACGCCAAUGAGCCAAAUGGUCAAUGCAGUUUUGAACGCAAAUGAGACCAUUACAUUUGCCGCAAGAGGCCAUGUUAUUGACGAUGGCACUAACGAUAAUUCUUUGAUUCCUGUCGACAUGCUGGACAGAAUUUUGCAAGAGAUCUCAUUCAUCCCCCUAACUACGAAUGCUACGUUUAAUUCCAGUGAAUUGAUUCAAGAAUUCCAAAUCAAUGACCUCCAAUUACGAUGGGCAGCGCGCAAGAAGCUCAGUCUCGUGGGGACAUUCGUGGGUUUCUUCGAUCUAUCUUUUUACGAGACACAUUACCGUGACCAGGUUAGCAUCGACACCAUCCGGGGACAAAUCGACCUGUACCACAACGAUGUCAAUUUCCUGAAUUUACCCAUGAAAGAUUGGGUCAACUCCACGUCGCGUAUCCUGCACGACCAAGAUACAGGCAACACGCUGAUGCAGCUCCAAUUUAACCUUGAGAACGACGACAUGGAAAUCGUCAAUAGCCUAGAACUAACUCGGACAUUGAACGAGAUCCUUUUCCAGGGCUUCACAGCAAUCCAUUUCAACGCAACAAUCGAUGCGUCACUCACGACGGCACUGGGCCCUUGGGUGCUCACGGGGUUAACCGGAGAGGGUGAUACUUUGGUCACGUGA